AGUCAGACGUGCAACAGGUGGAUCAUUUGAUUUUGUAACUGUAGAUUUCAAGAUGAAAGCUGGGUGAAUAUGCAAUGCGUUUGUUUGGCUGUGCAAUAGAGUGACAUUAAACUUUAAACACAACAUACCCUGAAAUAUUGAUGACCCUGGUCUGGUGACAAGUUGCAGCCUGUGAGUGAGUCGGGUAGAGGAGGAGAUGCUCCCAGAAACUUAAGAGUCAGAGAGACAGCGAGAGGACUGGAUAAGGAUAGCACUGCAGGAUUACGCAGAUUGGAUGUUAAUCUGGAGCAGCAAUUUGAAUGAAACUAGUGCGAGACUGACAGCAGCUGAUGGAUCCAUCAGUGACACAAGUACGCCAGGCUGCUCCUCCAGGGCUGGAGGAGUACAAUCCCUUCACAGAUGCCAAACCAACGCCUCCGGGUAUGGCGCCCAAGACUGCGGCGCCCACCAUGAACACACAACCCGCCAUCAUGAAACCCACAGAGGAGCCUCCGGCCUACUCGCAGCUUCAGGUUCAGGAGCAGUCGGGAGCAGCUGCUGAGCUGUUGAGGAGGCAGGAGGAGCUAGAGAGGAAGGCUGCAGAGCUGGACCGCCGGGAGAGAGAGAUGCAGUCACUGAGUGCUUCAGGAGGCAGGAAAAACAACUGGCCCCCCCUCCCGGAGAAGUUCCCCGUGGGUCCGUGUUUCUAUCAUGACAUCACAGUGGACAUCCCUGUAGAGUUUCAGAAGACAGUCAAGAUCAUGUACUACCUCUGGAUGUUUCACUCUGGUUCACUGCUGGCUAAUAUGGUGGGCUGCCUGGCCUGGUUCUGUGUGGACACAUCUCGUGGGGUGGACUUCGGCUUGUCCAUCCUCUGGUUCAUCCUCUUCACACCGUGUUCGUUCGUCUGCUGGUACAGACCGCUCUAUGGAGCGUUCAGGAGUGACAGCUCAUUCAGGUUUUUUGCGUUCUUCUUCGUGUACAUCUGUCAGUUUGGCAUCUACGUUAUCCAGUGUAUCGGCAUCACUAGUUGGGGCGCCAGCGGGUGGAUCUCAGCAUUGACCGGCCUGAAUCGCAGCAUCCCAGUGGGCAUCAUAAUGAUCCUCAUCGCUGCUCUCUUUACCUCACAGGCUGUCAUGUCCCUCAUCAUGUUCAAAAAGGUCCACGGGAUGUACCGUACCACCGGUGCCAGCUUCGCGAAGGCCCAGCAGGAGUUCGCCACGGGCGUCAUGUCCAACAAGACGGUCCAGACGGCCGCUGCUACUGCCGCCUCCAGGGCUGCAAAAGAAGGCUUCAAGGAGCAGAUCUGAUUGGCUUAGAGAGCUCGCUCAUCUCUCCGUCCAACCCUUACCCCUCCUCCUCCUC